UUACGUUUGUUUUCAGAUCACUGGCACACCGGUAAAAUGAAACAAUUCAUUAAACAGGCGUUCGUAGUAAGCGGAGCAGCGCUGAACAUCGCAGGUCAUGGCUGUGCACACGGUUACCCAGCUGUGCUGUUCGCACAACUCAGCGACACGCGGCAACCACUACACCUUACCUCACACGACAUGUCAUGGAUAGCCUCAGCGGUAGGCGCCAUGGGUAUCGUCGGUAACUUCAUAUCACCCGUGUUGAUGUCGCGUUUCGGCCGACAGAAGGCGAACCUGAUCUCCAUUGUACCUGCAUUACUCGGCUGGAUAGUCUUCGUGCUAGCCAACAGUGUUCCCAUGUUUCUCAUAGCCAGGCUCCUACAUGGUCUAGCAUUAGGCUUAAGGACUCCUCUAGCAGCCAUCUUAGUCGCAGAAUACACGGACCCGAAAUACAGAGGCGCUUUCUUAGGAACCUUCGCUAUAUCUCUGGGUUUAGGGAUAUUUUUAUCCCAUCUUUGGGGAGCUCAUUUAACAUGGAAGGUGACUGCUAUGGUAUGUGCUGUUUUCCCAGUGAUAGCUUUAGGGAUUAUUAGUUUGUCACCAGAGUCACCAAGCUGGCUGGUGUCGAAGAGGAAAUACGAUGAGGCGAAGAAAGCAUUCAGAUGGUUAAGAGGCAAUGGGGUGGAGCAACAAGCAGAAUUGGAAGCUAUGAUAGAGGCACAGAAAAGAGAAGCGCUAGUUUCAGAAGAAAAACGUGUGGAGAAACGGUUUUUGAAGAGAUUCGUCGACUCCUUAAAAGAUGUCUUGAAGAUCUUCAGGAAAGUGGAGUUUUAUAAGCCUUCAAUAAUAGCUAUAAGCAUAUUGAUAGUAUUUGAAUUUGGAGGAGCUCAUAUGGUCCCAGCAUAUGGAAAUGAGAUCUUGAAAGCAGUUUUAGAUAAGGAAGACGCUAGCGAGGUAGUAUGGCAAUUCACCGUUAUUGAUUUACUUAGAACAGUGUGUGCAUUUUUCGCUAUAUUCCUUUUGAAAAUCUUUAAACGUAGAACUAUUCUUUUCACCAGCGGGCUUAUGACGGUGUUAUCUUUAACUUUAAUCUCAGUAUUUGUAUACUUAAGAAAUUCUAAUGUCUUCUCUAAUUCUUUGUUUUUAGACGCAGCUCCAAUGACAUUAAUGAUUCUUUAUACAUUAUCAUUUUGUUUAGGUUUAGUUCCAUUAACUUGGGUUAUAUGUGGUGAAGUAUUUCCAUUGGCUUAUAGAAGUUUAGGGUCUACUUUAUCUACGUCAUUCUUGACUCCAUCUUUCGUGGUGUCUAUGAAGACAGCUCCUCAUCUAUAUUCCUCGAUUGGAGUUCAAGGAGCUUUCUUAGUAUAUUCAGCUCUAUUAUCAGUGUGCCUUAUUAUAAUUUAUGCCUUAUUGCCAGAGACGAAAGAUCGAACUUUGCAAGACAUUGAAGAUAGCUUUAAAGGCAAACCGGAGAAGGAUGUAGAGUCUGAAAUGAGUCUUAUGCUGGGCAAAGAUAUGCUCAAGUGAGAACUAUAAAAAAGAAAUAGUAACAACAAGACUACAAAUGCUCUUACAUAAUAGGUAGGUAAAUAGGUCUCACCACAGACAAAAAAUAAUUAUGUCUUCUGUGAGAUACACAGACUAUAGUAAAAUGUACAUAAUUAAAUUUAAAUUGAUACAUGACAAGUACCAUACAGCGUUUUUAACUAGUUGCUACUUAGUUUUAAUUCAAACACUCAGAAAGAGUUAGGUACCUACUUAUAUGUAGGUAUAUGUUGAUAUAAAGAUUUGAAUGAAAAGUUGUUUGCAGCGUGUUUUCUAUAUUGAAAGCUGAGUAAACGAAGAUUAUAAAUAGUGAACCUUGAGCGUUGUGAAGGUUUCAAGAUUUAAAGAUUCUCUAGCUAGAGGAUAUAAGUCUCUUUCGUACCCGUACCUAUUAAUUUAAAUAAUUAAGUAUGUAUACCCAGCCUUUCCAAGCAGGUAUUAAAGUGAUAAUUAAUAUAGGUAGCAAUAAUAACAGUGACUAUUUGUAGCACUGAUCUCGGUACAAUAAAGUUUACUAUGGCACGUACGAAAAUGUGACGUUCCACAGAUAAAGGUGCCUUAUGGCGGUUGGCGCUUACGUCGCAUAAUAGCAUCGCAUUGGUAUCGGAGCAUGCGCAAAUCUGUAGAACACAAGGUACCUUUACCCGUGGAAGGUCACAAAUAUUCUUUUUUAGUUAACCAGUUAAAUUAUAAUUACCAAUUUUAGCUAUAUUCAAUAAGGAACAGGAAGUGUGACACAUAAGUACAUUUAAAGUAGGUACUUAAAUACCUAUAAGUAUACUUAAGCACAGCAAGCAUUAAUAUAAAUAAAUAGGUACUUGUAGUCACAAAUAAGUCCUAAAAAAACCUGCACCCAAGUAGGUAAUUAUUCUCUUUGCUAUUUGUUCCGUGUAAAUCAGAGAUGUAAAACAGAGGCUGUUUUAAU